GCGCCCUCCACGUCCUUGAGACAGCUAAAGGAUCAUGGAGAGGGGAUCGCAGGCAUUGCUGCGGAUUCGCUGCGAAUUAAUGGUGCCAUGCGGAAUUUCCGGCAGCUGCGGAAGCCAGUGUCGACCCUUUCCAUUCCGGGUGCCGUGAAGAACUCCAGCAGGGACUCUGGCAGGAUGCAGCCGGAAGAACCCGUGGCCCUGGCAGGCCACGUGGAUUACCCCCGCUUCAUGGAGGAGCGCGGCCUUGGGACAGGAUACAAGGCCUCUUCCGGCAGCCUGAAGCACAAGCCCAAUGUGGGGUACCGACUGGGCAGGCGCAAAGCGCUCUUCGAAAAGCGCAAGCGCAUAAGCGACUACGCCUUGGUGAUGGGCAUGUUCGGAAUCAUCGUUAUGGUUAUAGAGAACGAACUGUCAAGUGCCGGCGUUUAUCGAAAAGACGAAUUUUACUCAAUUGCGCUCAAAACCCUGAUAUCUGUGUCGACUGUGAUUCUACUUGGCCUCAUAGUGGCCUACCACGCUUUAGAAGUACAGCUUUUCAUGAUAGACAAUUGUGCCGACGACUGGCGGAUCGCGAUGACCUGGCAAAGGAUAAGCCAAAUCUCCAUGGAGCUGAUAAUAUGUGCAGUGCAUCCUAUUCCGGGACACUAUCUGUUCGUGUGGACAACGAAACUCGCGAACAAAAGUGGCGGUAUCGGUAGAAAGUGUGUGCCCUACGAUGUGCCCUUAUCCCUACCGAUGUUCCUCAGGCUCUACUUGAUAUGCAGGGUGAUGUUGCUGCAUAGUAAACUGUUCACGGACGCCUCUUCGCGAAGUAUAGGUGCCCUUAAUCGGAUCAAUUUCAAUACGAGGUUCGUGUUAAAAACUCUAAUGACAAUCUGCCCUGGUACGGUGCUUCUCGUCUUCAUGGUCUCCCUGUGGAUCAUCGCCAGCUGGACGCUGCGGCAGUGCGAAAGGUUUCACGAUGAAGAGCAUGCGAACCUUCUCAAUGCGAUGUGGUUGAUAGCAAUCACGUUUCUGAGUGUCGGUUUUGGAGAUAUCGUUCCUAACACGUACUGUGGCAGAGGCAUCGCAGUCAGCACCGGUAUUAUGGGAGCUGGAUGUACAGCCUUAUUAGUAGCAGUAGUAUCAAGAAAAUUAGAAUUAACGAGAGCAGAGAAACAUGUACAUAAUUUUAUGAUGGACACGCAGCUCACCAAAAGGUUGAAAAAUGCAGCUGCUAAUGUUCUAAGGGAGACCUGGUUGAUAUAUAAACAUACAAGGCUAGUGAAAAGAGUGAACCCAGGUAGGGUUCGUACUCACCAAAGAAAAUUUUUACUUGCAAUAUAUGCGUUAAGGAAAGUUAAAAUGGACCAACGUAAACUAAUGGAUAAUGCCAAUACCAUAACUGAUAUGGCCAAGACACAAAAUACGGUUUAUGAAAUCGUCUCAGAUAUGAGCACAAGGCAAGAUACCUUAGAAGAUAGACUUACCACAAUGGAAGACAAGUUGUCUACAUUACAAGAACAAAUAGACUUAUUACCUGAUCUGAUAGCCACUAGGAUACAGUCCCAACAAGAAAAAAUCGAGCAGCGCAGAAACUUCCUACAUCCCGAGUCGGCCGCUGGCCUCCAACAAGCUCGCAGCGUCCCUUCAGGCUGCCCUUGGCCCGGCCCUGCAACGCUGCCGCCAUUAGGCAAGUCUUGUAUUCCACCUCCGGCAGGACAGAGUUGAUUUAGUUAAAUGAACACAAUAAACGCAGUAUUUGGAUCAGAUCAAAAUGGACUGUGUGUUCCAUUGGGUAUCUUGGAUGAAAAUCUGAACGAUAUACACAGUUAUUGAAUAAUUUAUCGAUUGUAUUAUAUUAUGAUAUAAUAGGAAAUAUCGGGGAGUUCAGAGAUGGUUGAAAUUAAAAAUGAGAAAUACACUAUCGGGUGGUCACAAAAAAACCGGAAGUUUUUAUUUUCCUCGUGGUUUCAUCAUUUCUCAACCGAAUUCGAAUUUCUUGGCGUCGUGUCAUAAUGAACAAAAACAAAAUGGCGGAUUCUACCAAAGUUUCGUCAUUUACAAAAACCGCUGGAGAAAAAGAAAAUCUGAUUUUUCCCAACCAGUACCGAUGUCAUCUUAGGCUAUUCAUUUAUGAAGAGAAUGAGUACUCGAACAUCGAAAUCGAACAAAUAGUCCAGUAGAUAUACACUCAUUUCUUUGCAAUUUGUUAUGGAGUGAAUGUGCUAAUCUCGUAUAAACGAUUAUUAUUAUUUUGCUUCAGGCUUCAUGAAAAUUCAAUCAAAUUUCGAUUUCUUAGAGUUAUUUCAAAGAUAAAGAGUUGUAGUUCACAAUGGAUCAUUUGAAAAUCCAAUAAUAGAAAGAAACAAAAUGGUGGAGGAUCCAGAAUUUUCGUGACUUUCAAAAAUCUCAGGCGAAUAAAAAAAAAUGUAUUCUUCCAAUCAGGACCGAUACAAUUUUAGAUCAUUGUGUACUACAGUUCCUUAUCUUUGAAAUAACUCUAAGAAAUCCAAAUUCGAUUCAAUUUUCUUGAAGCCUGAAGCAAAAUAAUAAUAAUCGUUUAUACGAGAUUAGCACAUUCACUCCAUAACAAAUUGCAAUGAAAUGAGUGUAUCUACUGGACUAUUUGUUCGAUUUCGAUGUUCGAGUACUCAUUCUCUUCAGAAAUGAAUAGCCUAAGAUGACAUCGGUACAGGUUGGAAAUAAACCGAUUUUCUUUUUCUCCAGCGGUUUUUGUAAAUGACAAUACUUUGGUAGAAUCCGCCAUUUUGUUUUUGUUCAUUAUGAAAUUUUCAAAUGCCACACUGUAUACUAUAGCCUUUUAGCUAUAAAACGACGCCAAGAAAUUCAAAUUCGGUUGAGAAAUGAUGAAACCACGAGGAAAAUAAAAACUUCCGGUUUUUUUGUGACCACCCGAUAUAUGAAUUAGAAAACUGAUAUUGAUAAUCUCAGUCAGAUAUAUUCUUAUUUAUUAUCUUCUGUUCAUGAUGAUAUUCAAAAUGACUCAUAAGACUCAUGACUCAUAAGACAUUCAACAACAAUCUGAUUUUAUAAUUUCAUUUCUUCCCGUAUAUAAAUUAUAUGACUUUUGUCACUGUCCUAUCAAUGUUUAUGUCAUUAUUAUUCCUUCUAACUCGCAUUGCAAGUAAGUUCUUGUUUUUGUUGAAUUGACUUGUAACAAAAUGUUUCAUAUACAAUAUAUUGUUUCAGCCUUGAAGGAGAAAAUAAAAAUUUUUGAAAGCUUGGCAUAGCAAUAAAGUAGUUUGCUUGUAGCUCGAUUGACUGAACUCCUCGAUAUUUCCUAUCAUAUUAUCAUGAUAUACAGUUAUCCAAAUUAACCCAGAUAGCACAAAUACCUUUUGAGGUCCUUCUGAGGCGUUAACAAUAAUGUCCUCAGGAUGUCGAACUUCAGGCAGUAUUCUGAAAUGUCUCCCAGACAUCUCUUGAUGACAUUUUAGGGAUAUUCAAGAUAAAUGGGAGAUAUAGAUUGACACAAAUGAUGAUUUCAUGAAAAAAUAUGGAUCUUAUGAUAUUUGCGAAAUUUCGCUCUAUUGACAUUAUUUUUUAAAUGAAAAACUCACAUUCUAUUAUUUAUUAUAACCUGUUUUAGGAAUUUUGAGUUUCUUUUUGAAGAAAUGUAUUUCAGCUCUUGUUGGUCAAUACUAGAAGUUAUUGCGUUUGGGUAGUUAUAUUUCUCCAUGUUUUUUUUCAUUUCUGAACCAUAGAUACACUUCCUGGAACUGAAAGUUAAAGAUUCCGAAGUAGGUAGCCAAUAUAUCUUGGAUAGAAAAACCUCUGCUCUGAUAAUAUCAUCAAGUUUGUGUUUUCCAUAACCUUCUGAAACAAACAAUGGUUCUAUAUCUCAUAUCCAGUAGUAUCUAUGAUUUGAUUCACCUACCUACAUUCCAUUCUUCCUGAAGGAAAAGUCAUCAUCAAUAUAAAGAUAUUAUAAUUCUUAUGUUCUAAU